AUGAAUUAAAUUAAGAUUGAUACAGAGAAUUCUUUAACAUUUGAUCCAUUUCGUAUACCUGCUAAUAUUAAUUUAGCAAGAAUUCAUUAGGUAAACAAGAUUAGUAAUUAGAAAGCUUCUAUGUGUGGUGAAAAUGAAUAAAAAUCAGAUCAUUGUCCGUGUUGUGGAUAAAAUAUAUAGUAAAAAGAAAUUUCAUUAUGUCAAAAUAGAUUGGAUUUAGCAUUUUUAGGUUAAGGAAUACCUUUAUUUUUUGAAAUGACUUAGUAAUUAACUUUAAUAAUGCUUAUUUUAUUUACUUUGCUUGGAAUACCAUCAUUAAUAACAAAUGUAGAAAAUCAUGAUUGUAUUGAUGAAGACAAUAACUUUUAUAGGAUUUCUUUAAGUGGACUUUGUGAAUAAAAUUGUCCAUAAAAUUCGACUGAUUUUUUAUCUAUUACCAGAUUGAUUCAUUCAAAUAAUUGUGAAACUAUAUGUUCUAGAAUUUAAGAUAUUUGUUUAAAGACAUAAGUUCUAAAAAUGUCAUUUGCAAACAAGUAGUUUGAUGAGACAUCUAAAUUAGUUUAAUCUAUUCUCGUUUUAUGUAGUAUUUUUGUUUUUAAAUUUGCUAUGAUUAGAGUUAGAAUAUCAUAAAUAAGUACUGUAAGAAUUUGUGAUUAAGAAUUUAUAUCUCCUUCAGAUUUCACAGCUAUGUUAACUAAUUUACCUAUAAAUGAAUAUAAUGAAACAGAAUUAAAGGAUGCAUUAUUAGACUUUUGUUAUUCAUUUGAUGAAAAAGGUCAAUACGAAAUCGUUAAAAUAAUUAUAGCUUAUGAUAUUACUUCAUUUGUUGAAUAUAGUAGAGAAAAAAUUAUUUUAGAAAAGAAAAUAGAAAAAAUUGAAAAUUAUUUUAAAUAAUAUAAACGAUAUCCACGAUCUUUAAAAAAUAAUUAACUUAAUGAAUUUAAAUAAAGAAUUAAAUUUUUUGAAGAAAAAUUGACUACAAUUGAAAAUGAAGUAGAGAAUUAAAAUUAUGCUCAUUAAACUUAAGUUGCUUUUGUAACUUUUUAAACUAAAGAAUGUAAAUAAUUAUUCUAUUCUAAGAAUUAUAAUCAGUUUUAGAUUAGACUAAAUUAUCCUAUUGGGAAGAAUUAUGGAUUCGAUUCAAAUAUUAUUUCAUUCAUAGAUAAGAUCAGAGAGGAUUUUAUUUUAAAAAUCGAAUUAUAAUAUUUUGUAGAGCUCCAGAACCAAAUGAUGUUUUUUGGGAAAAUUGUGGAUUUAAUUUUAGGUAUUAAUUUUAAAAAAGAAUCUUGAAUUUCUUUGUUACAAUCAUAAUUUUAGGAGUAUCCUUUACAGUACUUUUAGGAUUAAAUAUAUUAUAAAGCUAAAAUUUAUCUUCUUUUGAUGAUUCUAUAAUGAUAAUAGUAACAUUAGUAAUUUCAUUGAUAAUUACAAUAAUUAAUUAGAUCAUAUAUUAUUUUAUAAAAUUAUUAGGAUAAUCAGAAAAACAUUUUACUAAAACUCAUCAUGAUGUAUCAGUUGCAACUAAAUUGGCAAUAGUAUAAUUUUUUAAUUCAGGAAUCUUUACUAAAGUUAUAAAUAUAUUAGUUUAUAAUUUUUAAAAAGAGAAACCUGAUAAUUAUGCAGCAACAUAUGCAUAUUCAAGAUAAGGAGGAGUUAUUUCAGAUGCCUUUUUUUUAAUAAUUGUGAAUUCAUUCUUUGUUCCAAUUUUGGCAUAUUUAGAUCCACUAUAUUUUUAUAAAUUAUAUUAACAAUAAUUCUUUAAAGUGAAUAAUAAUUUAAAUUAAAUAGAAGCUAAUAAAAUAUUUGAAGGACCAUCAGUAUUAUUAUAUGAAUCAUAUGCAUAUAUUUGUUUAUCUCUUUGGAUAUCAUUACUAUUUGCACCUUUAUUACCAAUCUCAUUAUUAUUUUGUAGUUUAGGAUUACUUUUAUAUUAUUGGAUUUAAAAAUAUUUAUUAUUAAGAAGAAAUUCUAAACCUCCAUUUUAAAGUUUUCAUUUAAAUCGAGAAAUGAUGAAUUUAUUUGAAUUAAGUCCAAUAAUAUUGGCAGUAGGUUAAUUGUGGACAGACUAUGUUUUUAGUUCUAGUUCAGCAGUAUUAACAAUAAAUUUUAUUAGUUUUGGAUUCUCUUGUUUAGAAUUAAUUACACCAGCAACAAGAAUAAGUAAAUUAUUUGACAAAAAGUAGAAUAUAUUUACUGAAAAAGAUAGAUACUAAGAUGUUUAUUUAAAAUUAUCAACAGAUUAUGAUAGAACUAAUCCAUUAACUUAAUAAUAGGCUAUUUUGGAAUUUAUAAAAGCAAAAACAUUAAUUGAUUUUAAUUAUUAAUAGCCUUAAGUAAUGGAUACAAAAACAGCAUUAUAUAAAUAUGCAUAAUUAGGAGGAGUCUAAUUUAUGAAGAAUACUAUUUCAUUAAAACUUAAAAUUUCUAUGAUGAGAAAAAUUAAACUUAUUAGAAAAGCUCGUUAAGCUUUAGCUGUAGCUUAAAGGUAAUAAGAUGAAGAAAUAUCUUAAGAUUAACAAGAACCAAUCUAUACAUAAACACCCGAAUAUAUGAUAAUCAAUAAGAAUAUUAGUUUUAGACAGAAUUCAUUAAACAUCUCUACUGAUAAUGACAAUAAUAAUAAAUUUUAGGAGGCCCAUAAAUACAAUUUCUCUAGAUUCCUUAGCCCUAAUAAAUUCCAAAGUUGA